AGUGAUUAGUUGUAAAUCUUUUCUCUUCAAAUCUCUCCGGUGUUCUCUUCUCUUUUCUCUUUGUUCCUUUGUUCUCUUCUGGUGCUUUGUUCUAUUCUUUUUUUUUCAAUCUCUCGUUUUUAAAUUCUUUUUGACCUUUAACUCUGUUAGUUUUUUUAACAACAGUUGUUUUCUUUAAAUACUAUGGGUGAAACUAAUUUACCAAGUAAUAAUGAAGAUCAAGACGAUUCUCAAUCAGGUUCAUCUAAUCAAGAUGCCGGCAAUCAAACAGUUAACCAGCCUUUACGUUUUAGCUCUCGGUUUGGCCGAAGACCUGAGAUCAGAAAUCAUCCCUAUAAUCAUUUAGAUUUCGUUCGUCUAGUUGAUCGUCAGAUUCGUUUGACAAACCGGGCACAAGUUUCUGAGGCUUCAGCUGCUGUCUCUGCUAUGAUUUCUUCUUCUAAUCAAUCUCUUGAUGAUCUAAGUGAACCAAGUUCUGGAUCACCUGAACCUAUUAAUGAUUUUCAAACGCUUCUUGAAUCACAGGUACCCAGAAUUGGUAUUUUUGUUGUAAGGAUCACUGACUUACAAUCCAGCCUUGAUGCUCUACGAGCACAUGACUAUGAGUUCAUAGUCAUUAACGUUGCUCGAGAGGUAGAACGGAAUCAAAUAAUUCCACUUUGUGACCUCUUAUUAUCAAGCACUGAUUGGAUAACUCACACAGCUGCUUAUAUAUCAACCAAAGAGUGUGCUGUCGAUUUACCUAGAUUCAGGUUUCUUGAUGCUCAAUUCGACCAGGCUCAACAUCUUUCCAUCCGUGAUAUCAUCGUUGAAUGCCCUGAACAUAUCGAUGCGGUUACUCGAUUAAGCCGUGUUUUAAAUGCUCGGAUGUCUGGUGGUUUUACUCAAAGUAGAUUCCACGUUCACUUACUCUUGCAAUCACAUCGGGCUCAAGCUCACCAGACUCUUGCCAACGCAACAGUAGAACCAACUGAAGUCACCCCUCACGAUUCCUGGUGUUAUUGGAAUCAUGUAAGAUCUCUUGUUGGUUAUGAUCGUCGAUUAGGAGUUGCUCUCGAACUUGAUGGUGAUCUUCCUGACGAAGAUGAUUGUAAACGAUGGUGUGGUGAAGCAGUUAGCAUGCUGAUAGUGCCUUUCAUCCUUUUCCUACCAGCAGCUAAUAACACCCUGGCCUUACCUCAACCUUAUGGCGAAUUUAUCAAAUCGUUGCUCCGAACAAACGCUCGCCAAAUUUCAAUCAUGGUUAAAGGUAAUAUUUCACCAGGAAUGCACAGUAGGGUAGUGAAAGCGUUAGCCGAGUAUGGUAGACUUUGGGUAACUGAAAGUUUGGUGAAUGAAUUUGCUAUCGGUUAUGAAGAUUUCCUCCAAGUUCCACUUCAACCAUUAGCCGAUAACUUGGAGGCUAGUACUUAUGAAAUUUUCGAAAAAGAUCCUGUCAAGUACGAAUAUUACCGAAGAGCAAUGGUAAGAGCACUAUCCAAAUUCCCUAAAGAUCAAAGGGUAGUUAUAUUGUUAGUCGGUGCUGGUCGUGGACCACUUAUCCGAGCUUGUUUAUCGGCGUCAGAGGAAACUGGUAGAUUAAUCAAUUUAUAUGCCAUCGAAAAAAAUUUCUCUGCUGCUUUUACUCUUCAAAGUCAAACCUGGGUUCCGGCUCCUGAAAAUCCUGAGACUCAAGUGAACAAGGUUACAAUUGUAAAUACUGAUAUCCGAGAAUGGAAAACACCAGAGUUAGCCGACAUUUUAUUAUCCGAAUUACUUGGAUCUUUUGGUGAUAAUGAACUUUCACCCGAAUGUUUGGAUGGUGCCUGGAAAUGUGUUAAACCAACAGCAAUUUCCAUUCCAGAGUCUUAUCGUUCCUACGUGGAACCAAUCAUGUCUCAUCGACUUUACACCGAGACAUUAGCUGAGUCGGCAGCAAAAGGAAUCCAAUACACCGACAUCCAUUUUGUUACCCAUAUGAAGGGCUUUUUCUCAAUGGCUGAUGUUAAGCAGCUGUUUGAGUUUGUACAUACUGAUCUUCAUGUACCACCAAGAGAUCAGAAAAACGUUAGAUACAAGAAGUUAAGGUUCAGGCCACAUACCGAGUGCGUUCUUCACGGAUUCGCGGGUUACUUUGAUACAACUUUAAUUGAUGAUAUAAAACUUUCAAUUAUACCCGAAGCUCAUACUCCAUCCCUGAUUAGCUGGUUUCCAACAUGGAUUCCACUUUCCGCUCCCGUCAAAGUGACCCCUGCAGACUUAAUAACCCUACACUUUUGGCGAAAUGUAAAUAGACAAAAGGUUUGGUAUGAAUGGUGCAUCCAAUCACCAAUUCCAACACGAAUUCAGAAUCCAAACGGUAAAUUAUACUCCAUUGGUCUGAAUUCAUGAUUUCAAAAAUCUUAAACUGUUGUAUCUUAAUAUUUUUUUUUAUUCAAAUUUCCAAUUAUUAACCAAAAACUAUUUGUUUAAUUAUCAUUAUCAAUUUUCAAUCAACAUUGUGCCAUUUGUAUCUACUAUUUUCCUGUAAUCCCAAUUUACAUAUUAACUAAAACAAUAAUUACAUUCAAA